CCCUGCCUGCCCAGAUGACACACGAUACUCGGAGCCUCAGGGUAACCUAGCCAACUGCACCUGGUACAGCAACAACUGCUGCUGUCGCCGCACGGAGGUCACGUCCGUGGCCAGCUCCAUGUACCCGCUCUUCGGCGCCACGCAGAAGUGUCGCAACGUCCUCAACUACAUGAUGUGUUACUUCUGCAGUCCUGAACAGUACCUCUGGUACUAUGACAACAGAGUUCACAUCUGCGGGCGGUUCUGUGAGCUUGUGUACCGGGAGUGUGGCUCAGCGUCGUACGAAGGUGUGACCAUCGCGUCGGCGUACGAGAGUGGCUGGGAUUUCUGCCAGGCUCAGACCUACCUGGUGGUGGACGAACUGCCGUGCUUUGACUACGAUCCAAAAGUGUUCGGGGGAGGGGGGAUUGUGAAGGGGAAUAGGGAAGGGAUAACUUUCAGUUCAUCCAACAACGGAUAG